AUGGCGCAAAGGUUCGGCGGCCUCCACCAGCGCGACUCCCGCAGCGCCCUCUUCGAGGGCUACUCGGGCGGCGGCAGCGACGCGAGCAGACGAAACGGCGGCAACCCCGCGGGAGGCGGCUACGGAUACCACGGCGGCAGCAGCCACGGCGGCAGCCCCUCGCCGUACAACAGCUACAGCGCGUACGGCAACUCGAGCCUGGGUCCCGGCGGCGGCGGUCCCGCGGGGGGGUACAGGUCGGCGACGCCCAACCAGAAAGGGCAGUACAGCGACGCGGUGCUCAACGAGCUGGAGAGCCAGAACGACGCGCAGGUCGCGGGCAUCCUGGGCAAGGUGCGGACGUUGAAGGACAUGUCGGUAGCGAUUGGCGACGAGAUUCGAGACUCCUCGGCGCUGGCGGAGAAGAUGAACGACACGUUUGACCGGACGAGGGUGCGGCUGCGCGGGACGAUGAACAGGAUGCUGGUGAUGGCGCAGCGCUCGGGCAUACCGUGGAAGGUGUGGCUGCUGUUCUUCCUGGCCGUGGUGAUGAUCUUUACGUACGUCUGGCUGUUCUAG